AUGUGCUUUCGUAAUUUUUCUUGCUUCGAUUUUUCCUGUAUAAUAACCUAUCAUGCCUUAGAUCCGGAAAAACAACCUGAAAAAUCUGAAAAGAAAGAGUUAGAUGAUGCUUUAUCCAGUGAAAUAGAAGAUGUUAAAAACGAUCAAAAUCAAAUUUAUUGGGGCAACUGGUUUGAAUUUAUUUUGUCAUGUGUUGGAUACGCUGUCGGCUACAGCAAUGUACUUCGUUUUCCUUAUAUCUGCUACAAGCAUGGAGGAGGCGCAUUUAUAAUCCCAUACUUUGUAUCUGUCAUACUUAUUGGUAUUCCAACACUUCAUAUGGAGCUUGCCUUAGGACAGUAUUCAAGAAUGGGUCCUGGUACACUAUGGAAGAAUAUAUGUCCUAUGUUUAAAGGUCUUGGUUUUGCAAUGAUUGCCUCUUGUAUUGUUAUUGUAAUCUAUUUCCAUAUCGUUAUUGCCUGGUCGCUUUACUACUUUUAUAGCAGCUUCUUUCCUAUACUUCCAUGGGCAGAAUGCAAUAACACUUGGAACACUGCUCUCUGCUAUGUAGCAGGCACCAAUAACACAAUUGCUGGUGGCGUUCCAGCUUCCAUUGAAUUUUUAAACUAUAGGGCAUUCAAUAUUGAUGUAAGCGGCUUACUUCAUUACGAUAUUGUUCCACAUCUGGCAAUAACGCUGUUAAUUGGCUGGGUUAUCACUUACUUUGCUAUGUGCAUGGGAAUUGAAUCUUCAGGAAAGGUUGUCUACUUCAGUGCAACAGUGCCCUAUGUUAUGUUAAUUGCAUUGCUCGUUCGAGCCUUAACAUUGCCAGGUGCCGAUGUUGGUAUAAAACAGUUAUUCGUUCCCGAAUGGAAGAAGUUAGGGACAUUAUUGCCAUGGGUAGACGCAUUAGGGCAGGUCUUAUCUGCGAUUGGUAUAGGUUAUGGUGCUAUUAUCACCUUAGGAAGUUACAAUCGUCGUGAUAAUAAAGUCCACAGAGAUGCCGUUUAUAUCUGCUGUAUUACAAGUUGUACAAGUAUAUUAUCAGGUAUUAUAUGUUUCGCUGUACUUGGAUAUAUGUCGAAAAUUACAGGAACUCCAAUUAAAUCCCUGGUUCAAGAAGAAAUUGUCUUGGCAUUUAUUGCUUAUCCAGAAGCUAUUGCUCAAUUGCCUAGCCCUCAUUUUUGGGCUAUUGCCUUCUUCUUCAUGUUACUUUUGCUUGGUAUGGAUAGCAUUUACGGUAUGGUCGAAGUCAUGAUCACAUCCGUCGUACGAUUAUCCCGGGGUAAACUAGAUAAUAAGAAACCGUUCGUUAUGGCAGGGAUUGCAAUCGUUCUUUAUCUUGUUGGCCUUCUUUUUGCUACAAGAGCAGGCUUAUUUUGGCUUAUCGUCGUUGAUACUAAUAAUUCUGGGCCGAUAGUACUUGGGUUAACAUUAUUUGAAGUACUCGCUGUUUCGCUAUGUUACGGUGCUGAUCGAUUAGCGGAUAAUGUAGAAGAUAUGACUGGAAUUAGGCCUAAUUACUACUGGAUCAUAACCUGGAAGUUUAUUUGCCCACUCGGUUGUACUGUAAGUAUUUUUAUGGUUGUUUUAAGUUCUAUUUGA